UUAGGUAACGGCCUCUUUGCCAAACAGGGCUGCACAGCAGCAACAGACACAGUCUGUCAUGUUGUAAAUGGAUAUUUCUGCAAGGCCUUCACGGAUGAGUCAGGAUGUAGUUCUGCAGAAAAACAUACGCAGUGUGAACCCGGUCACAGGAUAAAAGCACCUGGAACCAGCAGAACGGACACAGUGUGUGAAAGCUGUCCGUCCGGCUAUUUUUCACUUGAUGGUGUGAAUUGUACAGUUUGGACUCUUUGCUUACAAACCCAAAUAAAGACCAAAGAAGGAAACAUGACCAGUGAUGUCGUCUGUGAAGAUGCUUCAAGACACCAUUACUUUCGUUUAGCUGCAUUAAUACUAUUCACAUUAACGGUUGCUGGGUUUGGGAUCAAAGGCGGACUGUCAUCAAAAAAAACAUGAGGUAUGUCGGCCCCAUAUGUUAAUGUUGUUUACAACAUGUAGAUGUCUCAAACAGGCUGCACCAUUUUAUUCAAAACGUUUUAACAUCUUAUUUAAUGUGUCUUCUUUUUCUUCACCAAUGUUUCAAUAAUUUAUUUCUAUUUGUCACGUGAAA